AUGGCGCCCGGUAAGACGCUCCGCUGGGUUGAUGAAGCCUUGGGCUCCACCACCAUGACCACAACACUUCCCCCAUCCUCUCGCGCCUCUUCCCAAAGCGGCUUCACAUCAUCACAUUCUCCAAGUCUCGUCGACCGGAUUGAGAUUGCGCAACCUGCGAGGGAAAGAGGGGGAUUGCGCUCGGGGUUGGCGUCGUUCGCAUCUGCCAAGGCGACUUCUGUCGCGGAACGGUUGAAGCCAAGACCGUACUCCGAAUUAUACGAAUCCUCCCGCCGCUCCUCACGGCCGCCAUCAGACAACGUCCACUUCCACGUCCGCUCUUCACACCACGACUCCUCCUCCUCAUCUUCCUCUUCAGGGUCAGACAACUCCAAUACAGCUUCUCAGUCCAUAGAAGACUGGGUCGAUCAACAAGCGGACCUCGGGCUAUCGUCCAAUGCCUGGCCCGCUAGUAUAGCGCCGACAGCCAACCACUACGUCUCUGGAUCUUCUCAAUCGAGCGCCCCAAGGAUACGAUCGUGGAACUCUUCGGUUUGGAGUCAGCCUCAAAUGCCGCCUAGUACUGGACCGCAGGAGGGGCCAAGGGGAAUCCUGAAACGUAGUGCGACGCCGAGUAAUGGUCCCUGGUCUUCUGCCUAUUCUUCCUCCAAGCUAUCAUACGGUCAAUCAUCGAAAAGCUCCAACACGGAGUCGGACGAUAUUGUCUCGAUCUUGAGGUCUGUCUUGUCCGAGGCCCUUAGCUCUCGAGCCGACUACAACAGAAAACCGGCUUCAACAUAUGUCUCCUCGCGGGUUCCAAGCGCAUCCCGCCCUUCAUCAUCCCACUUCUCCUCUUCCCCAUCAUCCCUCCGCCUCAAAGUGAACAUAUACAACAAUUCCGGCCCUGCCUCUUCCUCUUCGGGAAGCACCGUUCCGUCUUUCGACAUGGCUCGUGACCUCGGGCCCGACGUCUUGGAACGCCGCCGCAUACACGCAAAGAGGCAAGCUUUCAACAGCGACGUGCGGAGCUUGGCAGUGAGCUAUGGGUAUGUGGAGCCAGAAGGUAAAAAGCUAGAGGGUACUGGGCCGGGAGCGGGAAGAAGACUGGGCACUUGGAAUGAUUAG